CAUAAAUUUGUUUUGAUCACUGUUAUUUGUUUUCAGAUGAUGUUUGUAUUUUCGUUAUAAAUUUGUAUCGUUUUGGAACUGUAGGAAAUAAAACACAUAUCUGUUUUCAGUUAAUUCAAAUUAAAGUAUUUAAAUAUAUAUUCGUAUAAAUAUAAAAAAUCGGCUGCAAUGUCCUCAAUCGAUAUAAAGUUAGAGGUGUGUGUCGAUUCAAUUGCUUCGGCACUAGCCGCGGCCGAGGGCGGUGCUUCACGCAUUGAACUAUGUUCCGCGCUAACUGAAGGAGGCUUAACGCCUUCACCAGGAACACUGAAAACACUUAAGGAACUUAUAACCAUACCAAUUUAUUGCAUGCUACGACCAAGACGAGGAAAUGAUUUCAAUUACUCAAAUGCAGAAAUAGAAGCGAUAUUGCUUGAUUUGGAUAUACUACGUUCCCAUGGCGCUGAUGGAUUUGUCUUUGGCGCACUUACCGAACAGCGUUCCAUCGAUGUGAAAAAAUGUCAACGUGUUUUGGAGCGCGCUGGAGGCAUGCCACUUACAUUCCAUCGUGCAUUCGAUCUCACUAAUCCACAAUUAAUGCAUGAAAAUGUCAACAUAAUAAAAGAAUUAGGUUUUAAACGUUUGCUCAGUAGCGGUUUUCGCGUCACCGCUAUCGAGGGUAGUGAUAAUCUAGCACAACUCAUUGCUAAGCAUCGUGAUAUAAUUAUAAUGCCUGGUGCUGGUAUUAGUGUAAGCAAUUUGGAUGAAUUGUUAACAAUUACAAAAUGCGUAGAAUUUCAUGCUUCUGCACAAGCAGCAGCUGGCGCUAUAACCAAUAAUGGCGGCGUGGCGAGCAUGGAUUGCGAUGUAACAAUGGGUAAGCAAGACGUGUCUCCCUACGCGACAACAGACGUUAAUGUGGUACGUAGAAUGGUUACCAUCGCAAUGGCAGCAAAAUAAAGAAUAAAAAAAUUAAGCGUCGCUUUUCCUUACCGAAUACAAGACAUUUUUGAACAAUGCGUGGUUACUUUUUACCUCAUAUUUUUAGAAGCAAAACCGUUCAUAAUCUAUAAUAAACCGUUCACUUUGAUGAAA